AUGACAAAGAGAUUUGUUAAGUCAAGAAAGAAAGGAAAAAAUGGUCGGUUGGACAACCUCAGAGAAAACGAGAAAAUUUAUGCCGAGUCAACAGCUCUUCAAUAUUCCCUCUGGUUCCAAUUAAUUUAUCAUCUCAUACAGUUAUCCUUUAGGUUCCAACUUCUUCCUCUUUUUCUUCAUCAUCACAACACGACUCGACCUCAACUUGAGCUUGAAUCUUCAUUCUAUCCACUUCAAAAUGGUAGCAAUAACCGAAAAAGAAAUAAAAUUGGAAACUCACCCGAAAUGAUGAAACCAAUUCCGGCAGCAAAAUAA